AUGGAUUCUUCCAAUGCAUCCAAUUCAAACACCUCAAACACUGCAUGUGGAUCAAUGCUGCCUCAAUCCUCUACUCAGACUCAAAAUAAAGAUCCAGCAUGGAAAUGGGCUAAAUGUAAAGACCCUGCAUUUCCGAAGAAACUAAGUUGUGUACUUUGUAACAAAGAAAUGCCUGGUGGUGGAAUUACUAGGCUUAAGGAGCAUAUCACACAAAUCAGGGGGAAUGUUUCUUCAUGUUUGAAAGCAUCAGCUGAAGUUAUAAAUGAAAUUAGACUAGAUGACAAUAUAAAGAAGUUAAAGAAAUCUCACAGGGAUGAUGUUGAUGCUAUGUAUCGGCGUACAAAAUCUGAUGAGAAGUCUGAUGCUGAUACUGAUAAUGAGGACCUUGAUGUGCAAGAAGUUGAAAAGGUUUCCAAUGUGGGCAGUGCUAGUGGUAGUCAAGAAGUUGUUCAGAGUCAGAGGAAGAGAAAAUUCAAGAGACAGAGUAAUUAUAGGGGUCCAAUAGAUUUACUCAUGCAGACAGACCACCAUAAAACUCAGCAAGCCACUCUUGAAAGAAACAGUUCAGCGAAAGAGAAGUUACUGAAAGAUGCAUGGAAAAGCAUUUCAGCUUGGAUGACUGAGAAUUCCAUAUCUUUUAAUACUGUUCGUUGUCCAAGUUUCCAAGAAAUGAUAUAUGCAAUUGGUGAAUAUGGGAAAGCUAUGCCCGCGCCAUCUUACCAUCAGAUUCGUACAAAUCUUUUCAAGGAGCAGUUAGAAGAAAUGAAGAAGUUUGUUGAUACAUUUAGGGUACAUUGGAAGAGGUAUGGAUGUUCUAUUAUGUCCGAUGGUUGGACAGAUGGGAAAAAGCGACAUCUUAUCAACUUCUUGGUGAAUUGUCCGAAAGGGUCAGUUUUCUUGAAGUCUGUGGACGCGUCAGAUAGAACCAAUGAUGCUGAUUUCAUACGUGAGCUUGUAAAGGAGGUAAUUAAUGAUGUUGGGAAAGAAAAUGUGGUUCAGUUCAUUACCGAUAAUGGUUCAAACUUUAAAAAGGCUGGGAAGGAUUUAAUGCUUGAAUACCCAAAUCUAUUUUGGACUCCUUGUGGUGCUCAUUGUGUCCAGUUGAUGCUAGAAGAACUUGGUGACAAGCUUACACGAAUCAGGACAGCCGUCAUUCUAGGUAAAAGACUUGUUACAUACAUUUAUGCUCAUUUUCAAGUGUUGUGCUUGAUGAGGAAGAUGACAGGUGGAGACUUACAUAGGUCUACAAAGACUAGAUUUGCAACUCAGUGGGCAAAAAGUAGAUUUGCAAAAGAAAAUGUUGGAAUUAAUGCACUUAAAAUUGUUACAAGUAGUACAUUUUGGGAAGAUGUUGAUUACUCUUGUAGUGUGUUGAAGCCUUUAGUUAAGGUUGUAAGGCUAGUGGAUAUCGAGCGCAAACCUACGAUGCCUUGUUUUUAUGAUGCAAUGAGAAUAGCAAGGGAUCAAUUAGAGAAGAAUUUCAGCGAAGAUUAUGAUACUUGGGCUGUAAGUAAUGCUUGCUUUGAGAAAAGAUGGAAGAAAAACUUCAAUCAUGCUCUACAUUGUGCUGCAUAUUAUUUGAAUCCAUCCAUAUUCUAUAAUAUUGAAACUUAUGAAAUGGAUAGUAAUGAAAAGUACAUAGAAAUCAAAAGGGGACUUCAUACAUCUAUGGAAAGGCUUAUACCCAAUGAAGAUGAGCUUGAUCAAGCAACAAGUGAAUUGAGAAAGUUUGCUGAUGCUGUUGGAAUCUUGGAAGUCCAUCUUGCAAAAGAAGAAGAACCAAGGAUCAACCUCGUAAGCUUAUUUGUUCUAGUAUUGAGUCUUACUUGUUCUGCUUCCCCAUGUGAGCGAAACUGGAGCACAUUUCAAAAUUUGCACUCGAAAAAACGAAAUCGCAUAAAACAACAGAAGUUGAAUGAUAGUGUCUUUAUCCAAUAUAAUAAGAAAUUGCAGCGUCGUUACAUAGAAAUCCAACAAUAUAACGAUGAUGACAAAGCAAAUGAUCCUAUUUUCCUGGAGGAGCGUGAUGCCAAUGAUGAAUGGUUGGAUUUACGAAAUUUGAAUGACUUGGAUGUGCUAGGUGAUAAUGUAAGUUUCAAUGAUUUGCAAGAGACAGUGGGUGAAGAACGUGAGACAGUUGGUAGUGGAGGUGCUUGUAGUUCUCGAAGCAAGUCUACUUUUCCAACCGACUCGGAGUAUGAUGGAUAUGAUACCGAUGAAUUGAUGUUGGACACUGAAAAAGGGCUACUCGUUGCUGAGAAUGAUGGAGUUACUCAAGAGGAUGAUAUCUAUGAUUAUUCAAAUUAUGUUGAUUAG